AUGUCGCGCACCACAUUCGACGAUAUGCCAACACUGACCCGCCCAUCACCACCUGCCAGUCCACGGCGACGGCGACACUGGGCAAAGAAGCUAGAGAGAUGCUGCUGUCAAACCUUCGCAUACUUCCCACUGACAUUCGUGUACGGUUUGACAACAUGGGCAGUCUGGGUAGAAGUCAACGUCUCUUUCUUCGGCUUGAGCAUUAGUGGAGCCAGUGUUACUGGACCCUUCAAUUGGAUCAGAGCUGUGCUAGGAGUGAUAUUCUGGGCAUUGGCCAAUUCCUCCUAUACGAUCGCGGUCUUCACGUCCCCCGGUUCGCCCGCAGAUGAGCGGCAGGAUUAUGGCAGAAGAGGUCGCAAGGACGGUGGAUACGAGGGUCUACCGACAUACGAGGAUGAGGAAGGAGGGGUGGCAGAACACGCCGUACCACAGGGCAUGACAAUGGUGACUGCUAAGAGCAGCGGGAAGCCGAGAUACUGCAAGAAAUGCUGUACCCUGAAACCCGACCGAGCGCAUCACUGCUCUUCAUGUGGGAGUGCGACUUGGGUAUGGACAGAGAUACUGGACGAGUCGCAGAUGCAGGAGGGUCUGAAAGUGGUGAACACGAUUUUGUUGGCUGUCCUGGGUGGGAUCAUCGGGCUGGUUCUUUCUGGUUUCACGGGAUGGCAUAUUUAUCUUGUUAUGAGUGGGCAGACGACGAUUGAGAGCCUGGAGAAGACACGAUAUCUUUCCCCAUUGAAGAAAAGUAUGGAGGAUCAGGCACAUCGUAAUUACGUUGACCAGGCAAAUGGUGGUGAUGGACCAGGCAUUGCCGAUCAGCUGAAGGAGAUCCACGCCAACGCUCUGCCGGGUGUACUCAGACCGGAAGAAGGCGAGGAGUCACAAGACCCAUCUCGGACGAAUACUCCCGACCCUGCGCACAAUCGAUACUCCAGCACAAGCUCGCCCGCGAAGGAUAGUCUCCAGCGGUCCUACGCUUCCAUGGAACAACAGCGCGAACGUGAUCGCUAUUCAGCAUACCUUGACGAAGUUGACAGCGAGAAGAUGCCCAACGCCUUCAACCUCGGCUGGAAACGCAACCUGCUCCACGUCUUCGGCGAGACACCUUUGCUCUGGUGGCUGCCCGUGUGCAAUACUACAGGCGACGGCUGGCAAUGGGAAGUCACGCCAAAAUGGUACGGAGCACGCGACGACCUAGCCCGACAACGUGCGCAGCGUGAACGAGAAGAGCAAGCUUGGGGCAACGGUGGCCGCUCUUCCGAACAUCCGCCCAGUUUCGAGCCGCUUCGGCGUGACGUUCGCUGGACACCAGGAGCAGGAUUCGUGAACCAUGCACGCAAUAGUCCUCUUCAGCCACCACCACGUAGAUCACCGCUGCCGAGUAAUGUAGCACAGGCACAGCGUUCGGACUCGGCUGAUCUGCAAAUGCAGACGUUGAGUUCGGCGACGAGGUCAGCGCAGGAGUCCGAUGAGUAUGAUACGAGUAGUGAUGAGGAUGUCAAGAGGAUGUAUCAGCAUGAACAGAUUGCUGGUAUUACUACGGAGAACUCGAACGAUGUCCCUGAUGGGUUCUUAAAAGCUGGGAAGGGGAGGAGUGGAGAGAGGAGUCGAUCAAGCGGACGGAGAAAAGGUGACUGA